AUGUCCGCUGAAGAGAAGCACGACGUGAACGAGAUCGCGCACUACGACGACAGUCCCGGGGGCAGCCAUCAUGACGACAAGGAUGCCGGAUUCAAGCACGAUGGCGACGACGACAGCCUCGAGCGCGCGCUGCGCGAGGACCACGUCCGCGCGAUCAACAUGAACACGAGCGCCAAGAUCCAGAACCCGCUCUACGGUAUUCCCAAGCCCAGGCUGCUGGCCAAUGUGACCCGUUUCUGCCAGGAGCACGGGUUCGAGGACGUCGAGCUGUUCCAGAAGGGCGCGCUCAUCGGCCAGGCGCCGGGCAAGUUUGAGCAGCUCCCCGAGCUCACAGAGGACGACAAGAACACGAUCCGCCGCGAGAAAACGCACAAGUGGCACCAGCCCAAGGCGCUCAUCAUGACUGUGAUUCUUGCGUCGGUCGGUGCUGCAGUUCAGGGCUGGGACCAGACUGGCUCCAACGGCGCUAACCUGUCGUUCCCGAUCGAAUUCGGUAUUCCCGACUCGCCCGACGUCCCGGGCUACUCUGUCAAGAACGAGUGGCUCGUCGGUCUCGUCAACUCUGCUCCUUACAUUGGUUCUGCAUUCUUAGGAUGCUGGUUGAACGAUCCCAUGAACAACUGGCUAGGAAGGCGUGGCACGAUCUUUGUCUCGGCGAUCUUCUGUCUCGUUACGCCGAUCGGCGGCGCGGUCACCCGGAACUGGUACCAGCUCUUCAUCACGCGUAUCCUCAUGGGCAUCGGUAUGGGUCUCAAGGGCUCGACCAUCCCGAUUUACAAUGCUGAGAACGUACCGGCGUCCACGCGCGGCGGCCUCGUCAUGAGCUGGCAGCUGUGGACUGCGUUCGGUAUUUUCCUCGGAUUCUGCGCCAACCUCGCGGUGUACAACACGGGCAAGAUUGCGUGGCGCCUCCAGAUCGGAUCGGCGUUCAUCCCCGCCGUGCCGCUCGUGCUGCUCAUCUUCUUCUGCCCCGAGUCGCCCCGAUGGCUCAUGAAGAAGGGCCGCUACCGCGAUGCGUUCAAGAGCUACCUCCGCCUCCGCAACAGCCCCCUCCAGGCCGCGCGCGACAUGUACUACGUCCACUGCCAGCUCGUCGAGGAGCAGGCCGCCUUCGGCCACAGCACGUACCUCGGCCGCAUCGCCAAGCUCUUCACGGUCCCGCGUAUCCGCCGCGCGACGCUUGCGUGCUUCAUCGUCAUGCUCGCGCAGCAGAUGUGCGGUAUCAACAUCAUUGCGUUCUACUCCUCGUCCGUGUUCCAGGAGGCGGGCUACAACCGUCUCCAGUGCCUGCUCGCCUCGUGGGGUUUCGGUCUCAUCAACUUUGUGUUCGCGAUCCCCGCCGUGUUCACGAUCGACACGUUCGGACGCCGCAACCUCCUCCUGUCGACCUUCCCGAACAUGUGCUGGACGCUUCUGUGCGCGGGUCUCAUGUUCCUGAUCUCGCCCAGCUCGCCCGCCCGUCUCCCCCUUAUUGUUCUGUUCAUCUACCUCUUCGCCAUGUUCUACUCGGUCGGUGAGGGCCCCGUGCCCUUCGCAUACUCGGCCGAGGUCUUCCCGCUUGAGGCGCGCGAGACCGCCCUCACGCCCACGGGUGCGUUUGGCUUCUACGCUGGACUCAACUUUACCGCCUUCUGGCUCAUCUUCUUCUUCCUCCCCGAGACGAAGCAGCUCACGCUCGAGGAGCUCGACUCCGUGUUCGGCGUCCCCACGGCCGUGCACGCCAAGUAUCAGAUCUCCACCUGGCUGCCCUGGUGGUUCAGCCACUACGUCCUCCGCAAGGCUAAGAAGAGCGACCUCAAGCCCCUCUACAACUUUGACGAGCUCACCGGUAUCGAGCGCGACGAGGACUUUGCCACCCUCACCGUUGGCGCUACGCACUAA